CACGCGCGCACGGAGGGGGCGACGGCCGCCGUGACGCUCCGGCGGCGGCGCGUGAGGCGCGCGAUUCUCCGCUCUUGGGACCAGUGUCCCGGCCGCCGCCGCCAUGUCGGGCCGCUCCGUCCGGGCCGAGACCCGCAGUCGGGCCAAAGAUGACAUCAAGAAGGUGAUGGCGGCCAUCGAGAAAGUGCGGAAAUGGGAAAAAAAAUGGGUGACUGUGGGUGACACAUCCCUUAGGAUAUUUAAGUGGGUUCCUGUGACAGACAGCAAGGAGAAAGAAAAGUCAAAAUCGAACAGUUCAGCAGCCCGGGAACCUAAUGGCUUUCCCUCUGAUGCCUCAGCCAAUUCCUCUCUCCUUCUUGAAUUUCAGGACGAAAACAGCAACCAGAGUUCCGUGUCUGAUGUCUAUCAGCUCAAGGUGGACAGCAGCACCAACUCGAGCCCCAGCCCCGAGCAGAGCGAGUCCUUGAGCCCUGCACACACCUCUGACUUCCGCACUGAUGACUCCCAGCCCCCCACUUUGGGCCAGGAGAUCCUUGAGGAGCCCUCCUUGCCUGCCUCAGAAGUUGCCGAUGAGCCUCCCACACUUACAAAGGAAGAACCAGUUCCACGGGAGACCCAGAUGGCCGAGGAGGAGGAGGACUCCGGAGCCCCACCACUGAAGCGCUUCUGUGUGGACCAGCCUGCAGUGCCGCAGACGGCCUCUGAGAGCUAGCACUGCCCAGUGCACUUCUCCUGGCCCUGCCUCUAUUUAUUGCGUUCUGGCUCUGGCUGUGCGGUGUCACUAGGGUUAGGGUAGCACCGGGGUCCAGAGCCUGCACAUGGGAGUCCUCCAGGCUAGAAGGCCGGCAUAGGACCUAGGAUUAUAGUGUCAUCAUCCUGUCCCUGGCAUCUGUGUCAGCUUGCUUCUGGGAAGAGGAGUGCUUAUGUCCUUUUGCACCUGAGCAGGCUGGAGCCUCUGCCAUUCCAGGGUCCGUCUGUCACCUCCCAGUAGCAUUCUCUGCUCCAGAACCUCUGGGUGGAGCUGCUGGCACUUCUUCAGGAGAAAGAGAUGUGGAGGGCACCUCUGAGGAAGAGAGUGCCUAGGUUACUUGAACUUGAACGAAGACUAUAGAUUGUAGGACUUUCGCUGGGCCUGGCCCCUGUGGUUUCCUUUGGAGGACUGGGUGGAGACAUGGUUGGGCUGGGAGAGGCUCCUCUUUCAGGAAAGAAGGGCCUUUCUUGCACAGGGCCACAAAGUCCCUGUAGUUUUCUUGCCAUCCUGGCCCUUCUACCUGAUCCUCUGGAGGUGCUGCCUCUUCUGGGUGCUCCCGCUGCCCACAGCGCUGUCCCCGUUACUCUCCUGGCCCCUCACAUACGCACACACGCAGCUUCCUGUCUUCACCUGUACGUUUCAUUCCAGUAUCCCCUGCCUCCUGCUACUACCCCAGCAAGGAUCGAGGUUCUGACAACAGUACCCAUCCUCCACAGUACUCAUCAGCUCAGACUUUCUAGAAAGUUCCUUUUUUUUUUAUUUGAAAUCUGCAUGUUUAAUUGAACUUUAUGAUUUUAUUUUUUGUUUAAAAGAAGUUUAAGAAAAUGAAAAUGGGCAACAGCAAGUGAAGACUUAUUUUAGCACUGAAUAGAAUAUUUUUAAAAUUAAACUAUUUGAAAUAUG